UUAUUACCCAUGCUAGCCUUCCUGAUUCAUACCUAGCUAGAUGUUUGUACAGUAAGUUAAUUUGGUGUGCUUUUUAUCGAAAUAUUGCAUCACAGACUGCACGCUGUUUUUAUCCAUCAAACUUGGAAACAUCCUGAGAAGGUUACAGCAGCCUUUGCCUCGAAACAUCCCGGAAAUGGCACUUCUUCCUCUGUAGGAAGUGAAGACAUCGAUGAAGCAGUUCGGCAAGUCUUGCUCAACUUCUAUUUAGCUCAUUAAUCGUGGAUAUCCUGAGUUGGAUGGUAAAAUGGCUCUCACUGAGCAUAUUAAGAUGAUCUGCAAAAUUAUCAAAGAUAUUGUUCCUGCUUUCACCAGCGGGAUUGUCACACUGAGCAUCAUAUCGUGUGUUUUAUUUGCAAUCCAAACAUAUUUGAGCUUAAAACAAGGCAUCUUCAGCAUCGGCGCAAGUGUUUUUCAAAACGGACACCUAUACUGCAUCCUGAUGUUUCCCUUUUACCACCAAACCUUUGCUCAGCUCCUUCUGAACAUCACAACUUUGGUGUUUCUCAGCGGGAGCUUGGAGAAAGGUGUGGGGACAGUCCGUUUCCUCUUUCUGUUCCUCCUGCUGUCCUCGAUCAUAGGCUUGUUUUACAGCUUCAUGGAUCUCCUGCAGGAGGACGGCUUCCAGGGUCACACCGAAGGUUUGGUUCCCGUCACUCUGGCCUCUGUGGCUAUAACUACCAUGCACACAAAGAUGACUAAAGCCUUUCUUUGUGGAGUGAGUUUUCCCACUAUGGCCCUUCCCUGGGUGUUCCUUGUUAUCACCACUGCUCUGGUCCCUCACUGUGUGCUGCCCUGUAAUGUGAUUGCCAUCCUGGUUGGGGUGAUGUACGGUAAAGGAUGGGUCUCUUUUCUGGACAUGUCUGAGGCCAAGGCUGGAGUUCUGGAGAAGUUGUUGCCUUUCAGGCUGUUCAGGAGCAUCAGCGGUGAUAUGUUCAUCCCAGCUUCCUCCGAGGACAGGAAGAAGACCCUGCUUCCACAGAUCAAUCCCACUCCUGGAUCUUACCCAGUGCAGGCUUAUGCUCCAUUACCCACUGCCAACACUGCUGCCAUGACUUAUGAAGGCUGGCCACACCAGGCGAGUCCCACACCACCUCUCAGUCUUCAUGGACAUGUUGCAGGACACAGCUCUGGACACUUUUCACCACAGAGUUUUGGCCACAGCUGCAACCACAGUCAUAGCCAUGGCCACGGUCACAGUCAUAGCCAUAAGAGCGGAGGAUCACUGUUACAACAGUAGAUGUUUUCAGAUGAGUUUGCCUUGACAAGGAUCCACUUAUGAAGGCUUAUCCUAUAAAAGCUACUCAGUUUUUAUCAUCUAUAAGCUCCUGCAGCAUCUCAGCACUGAUUGUCUCUCUGCCUGCUUGUAUAAUUAAGUGUAGUUUUUUUUUGAAAGUUUAAAUAUUUCUGGUGACUUUUGUAAUUUUUAAAAAUUCUAAUUUUCUAUAUUUUUAUUCCUACUAAUUAAACAUUAAAUAAAAA